AUGGAUAAGGCCAUUGAUGUAUGGAAUAAUCUCAUAGAAAGAUUUUCACAGAAUGACAUAUUCGGAAUUUCUGAUUUACAAGAUGAUGUUACCAAGAUUCAACAAGGAGAUAGAACAAUAUCAGAAUAUUUUACACAUCUCAAAACACUAUGGGAUGAACUAGAAAGCUUGCAGCCUUUGCCAACAUGUGUUUGUGGUGCUCUUAAUCCAAUCAAAGAAAUUCGAGAACGUGAUUAUGUCAUCAGAUUCCUCAAAGGACGGAAUGAACAAUUUGAGCAUGUCAAGACACAGGUAAUGCUACUAGAACAACUUCCAAAUAUUAACAAAACGUUUUCUUUGAUAGUCCAGCAAGAAAAAAGGUUGAAUCUUGGAGUUAUUUCAAAUGAGCCAAUUGAAAAUCAAGCUAUCAUCAAUUUAGCUGAGCAACAAAGGCCCACAUUUCAAAAUCGAGGUGAACGUAUCAAUGGUGAAAGAUUCAAUGCAAGACGUGGACGUGGCAACAAAUUAUGUGUUCACUGCAAGCGCGCAAAUCAUACAGUGGAUACAUGCUACAUUAAGCAUGGUUUUCCACCAAGAUAUCACUCAUUUAAAGGAUCAAAUGUUGGACCACAUUCUGCAAAUAUAAUAAAUCAAGAAUCUCAAGAUGCAGAGAAGAGUUUUCUUGAUAAUCAAAACCAGUCUUCUGAUAUGAAGAUCACAAAGGAGCAAUAUCAAGAUCUAAUGCACUUGCUUAAAAGAUCCAAAGAAGGAGAACAUUCAAGUUAUAUGACUAACAUGAUAGAAGCUUCAGCCUUUAAUGCAGAAAUAUUCAAGAGGCAAUAUUGGUUUUACUAG